UAGGGUGGGUGGACGGAAGUGGGGCAGGGUUGAGGGUUAUUUAAAGAAGGGGGGUGCUGAGCGGAGGUUUUGGAAGCGGAGAGAUUCCCCACCCCUGCUCCAUCUAGCUCUUUCCAGUGCAGCCACUGCUGCCGCCCAGGAGCCCUCGUCCCCUUUCUUGUCCCCCUCGUUCCCGCUCCAACGCCAUGGAGCUGGACACCGCUGCAGUGGCAGCCACCGUGGCAGCGGCUGAUGCGACCGCCACAAUCGUGGUUAUAGAGGACGAUGAGCCGGGGCCGUCCACCUCUAAGGAGGAGGGAACGGCCACCACGGCCACCGAAGCCACCGCGGCCACAGAGAAGGGCGAGAAGAAGGAGGAGAAAAACAUUUCUCCAUUUCAACUCAAACUUGCUGCUAAAGCAUCUAAAUCUGAAAAGGAAAUGGACCCAGAAUAUGAAGAGAAAAUGAAAGCAGACCGAGCCAAGAGAUUUGAAUUUUUACUGAAGCAGACAGAACUUUUUGCACAUUUCAUUCAGCCCUCAGCACAGAAAUCUCCAACAUCUCCUCUGAACAUGAAAUUGGGACGUCCUCGAAUAAAGAAAGAUGAGAAGCAGAGCUUACUUUCUGCUGGAGACUACCGCCACAGGCGCACAGAACAAGAAGAAGAUGAAGAGCUACUGUCGGAGAGUCGGAAAACAUCCAAUGUGUGUAUUAGGUUUGAAGUGUCACCUUCAUAUGUGAAAGGAGGACCACUGAGAGAUUAUCAGAUUCGAGGACUGAACUGGUUGAUCUCUUUGUAUGAAAAUGGAGUCAAUGGCAUUUUGGCUGAUGAAAUGGGUCUUGGUAAGACUUUACAAACGAUUGCUUUGCUUGGUUAUCUGAAACACUACCGGAACAUUCCUGGACCUCACAUGGUUUUAGUUCCAAAGUCUACUUUAUACAACUGGAUGAAUGAAUUUAAGCGAUGGGUCCCAUCUCUCCGUGUUAUUUGUUUCGUUGGAGACAAGGAUGCGAGAGCUGCCUUCAUUCGUGAUGAAAUGAUGCCAGGAGAAUGGGACGUUUGUGUUACUUCUUAUGAGAUGGUAAUUAAAGAAAAAUCUGUAUUCAAAAAGUUUCAUUGGCGAUAUCUAGUCAUUGAUGAAGCUCACAGGAUAAAGAAUGAAAAAUCUAAGCUUUCAGAGAUUGUUCGUGAGUUCAAGUCAACUAACCGCUUGCUCCUAACUGGAACACCUUUGCAGAAUAAUCUGCAUGAACUCUGGGCCUUACUCAACUUUUUAUUGCCUGAUGUCUUUAAUUCUGCAGAUGACUUUGAUUCUUGGUUUGACACUAAAAAUUGCCUUGGUGAUCAAAAACUUGUGGAAAGACUUCAUGCAGUUUUAAAACCAUUUUUGUUACGUCGUAUAAAAACUGAUGUAGAGAAGAGUCUGCCUCCUAAAAAGGAAAUAAAGAUUUACUUGGGACUGAGUAAGAUGCAACGAGAAUGGUAUACAAAAAUCCUGAUGAAAGAUAUUGACGUUUUAAACUCUGCUGGCAAGAUGGACAAGAUGCGACUCUUAAACAUUCUGAUGCAGCUUCGAAAGUGUUGCAAUCAUCCGUAUCUGUUUGAUGGUGCUGAGCCUGGUCCACCUUACACCACUGAUGAGCAUGUUGUCAGCAACAGUGGUAAAAUGGUAGUUCUGGAUAAACUGUUGGCCAAACUCAAAGAACAGGGUUCAAGGGUUCUCAUUUUCAGUCAAAUGACUCGCUUGCUGGACAUUUUAGAGGAUUAUUGCAUGUGGCGUGGUUAUGAGUAUUGUCGACUCGAUGGACAAACCCCACACGAAGAAAGAGAGGAUAAAUUCCUAGAAGUGGAAUUACUGGGUCAAAGGGAAGCAAUAGAGGCUUUUAAUGCUCCCAAUAGUAGCAAGUUCAUCUUUAUGCUGAGUACCAGGGCUGGAGGUCUCGGAAUUAACUUGGCAAGUGCUGAUGUGGUUAUACUAUAUGAUUCAGACUGGAAUCCACAGGUUGACCUACAAGCUAUGGAUCGAGCACAUCGUAUUGGUCAGAAGAAGCCAGUACGUGUAUUCCGUCUCAUCACUGACAACACUGUUGAAGAAAGGAUUGUAGAGAGAGCUGAGAUAAAAUUGAGACUUGAUUCAAUUGUUAUACAACAAGGAAGACUCAUUGACCAACAGUCUAACAAGCUGGCAAAAGAGGAAAUGUUACAAAUGAUACGGCAUGGAGCCACACAUGUUUUUGCUUCUAAAGAAAGUGAGCUGACAGAUGAAGACAUUACAACUGUUUUGGAAAGAGGGGAAAAGAAGACUGCAGAGAUGAAUGAACGCUUACAGAAAAUGGGAGAGUCUUCUCUUAGAAAUUUUAGAAUGGACACUGAACAAAGUUUAUACAAGUUUGAAGGAGAAGAUUAUAGAGAAAAACAGAAGCUUGGUAUGGUGGAAUGGAUUGAACCUCCUAAACGAGAACGCAAAGCAAACUAUGCAGUGGAUGCCUACUUUAGAGAGGCUUUGCGUGUCAGUGAGCCAAAGAUUCCAAAGGCUCCACGGCCUCCAAAACAGCCAAAUGUUCAAGAUUUUCAAUUUUUCCCACCACGUUUAUUUGAGCUCCUGGAAAAGGAAAUUCUUUAUUAUCGGAAGACAAUAGGCUAUAAGGUCCCAAGGAAUCCGGAUAUCCCCAAUCCAGCUCUGGCUCAAAGGGAAGAGCAAAAAAAGAUUGAUGGAGCUGAACCUCUUACAGCAGAAGAGACUGAAGAAAAGGAAAAACUUCUCACACAAGGUUUCACAAACUGGACGAAGCGAGAUUUUAACCAAUUUAUUAAAGCUAAUGAGAAGUAUGGAAGAGAUGACAUUGAUAAUAUAGCUCGAGAGGUGGAGGGCAAAUCCCCUGAGGAGGUCAUGGAGUAUUCAGCUGUAUUUUGGGAACGUUGCAAUGAAUUACAGGACAUUGAAAAAAUUAUGGCUCAAAUUGAACGUGGAGAAGCAAGAAUUCAACGAAGGAUCAGCAUCAAGAAAGCACUGGAUGCCAAAAUUGCAAGAUACAAGGCACCAUUUCAUCAGUUGCGUAUUCAGUAUGGAACCAGCAAAGGAAAGAACUAUACUGAGGAAGAAGAUAGAUUCUUGAUUUGUAUGUUACACAAAAUGGGCUUUGAUAGAGAAAAUGUGUAUGAAGAAUUAAGACAGUGUGUACGGAAUGCUCCUCAGUUUAGAUUUGACUGGUUUAUCAAGUCUAGAACUGCCAUGGAAUUCCAGAGACGCUGUAACACUCUGAUUUCAUUGAUUGAGAAAGAAAAUAUGGAAAUUGAGGAAAGAGAGAGAGCAGAAAAGAAGAAACGGGCAACUAAAACUCCAAUGAUUUAACAUUGUUGGGCCAUUUAAAAAUGUGCAUAUUGGAGCAGAACAUUAAAUCUGUUUCCAUUUUAGUCACAGAAAAGAAAAGCAGAGUCAGCUACUGAGAGCUCUGGAAAGAAGGAUGUCAAGAAGGUGAAAUCCUAAAGCCUAGAAAUAAAGUUUUAAAUGGGAAACUGCUAUUUUCUUGUUCCCAUCUUCAAAUGCUAAUUGCCAGUUCCAGUGUAUUCAUGGUACUCUAAGAAAAAUCUCUUUGGUUUUGAUUUCUUGCAUAUUUUAUAUAUUUUACAAUGCUUUCUACCUGAAAUGUGUAGCUUUAUAUUUUAUGCAUUCUAGUAUUUUUGUGUACUGUAUUUUGUGCAUUUCAUGUCUUCAUCAAAAUCCUCUCAGUCCUUGUUCUUUUGAAGCUUGUGCUGAGGUUUUAGCUUUUCUAUGUUUUAUAUGCCGCUGCUUUGAAAGAGAACCUAGAUUCUAUAGCUGUAUUAUUGUUGUUUCAUACUUUAAAUUUAUAUGGCUGUGGAAAAAUGAAUUAAAAUGAUUUGAGGAGAAAGACUUUUUCACUUCUUUGUUGCUUUCUUUUCUAUUGAGUCUGGGCUUGUAUGUGUUACUGCAUACUGUGAUUAGCAUAAUAAUUGUUUCUUUGAGGUCAUCUAAAUAUUUUUUUUCCUAAAGGAAUAAAGGGUGAGAAAAGAAAAUAUUAAAAAACCCUAAUAUUUGAUACUGUGCUUGCUGUCAGUAUGCAUUACAUUUAAAUUAUUCUCUAAAUAUUCAAGUGGGAAAAUAUAAUAAAGAAAUGUCUAUAAGAAAUUUAA